AUAUAUGUGUAUAAUAUAUAUAUAAAUACACAUAUAUCUAUUUAUAUAUAGGCAAUAUACUAAGUCAAACGCUCCGAUAACAGAUACAGCUAGUUUAGAAUUGUUUAGCUGGGACAGUUUCGGUCAUGAGUCAGGCAUUCUAACAGGAGAUGGCGACUCGACGUCUGACAGUGAUGAAUGUGCAACACCUAAACCACGUCGCCGUAUGCGUGAUGGUGCUUUUGACACUGCGAAAUUUUCCAAAUGUUUUCUUCAUAGUCAUACGGUCUUCUUCUCGCAUCUUAUCGUUUUCAACUGGACAGUUUUUUUUUCAGAUUCUUCACGUGAAAUCGUUGUGGCGGCACGCCGAGCUCCUGUCCGACUGCUGAUCAACAAGCCAUACUGGAGAAAUAAAGGCAACGGUGUCGUUAAUGAAUCCAUUCAAUCUGGAAGUUCAUCUGAAGCUCCUUAUCCUGCUGCUAAAAGAAACCGCUGCAACGCUUGGCGUCCAUGUCUGGAUCUUGAGAAAAUGAUUAAGGUAUGGCUGAUAUUUUCUUAUAAGGAUUUUGUUUUAUGCUGUGCAGCCGGCGUUUGUCGUGUUUGCAGAAUCGCAUUUCAAGCGAAUCGCCACGCUGUGCUACCAGCAAAAAGGAUAACUUCACUCAGGACUGCUAGGCUGUUUCCUGCAGACACCGUAUUCGAGGAAAGGCUGCGCAAUUUCAUUAUCUUUAAACCUAAAGAAUUCAGGAAGUGUAUCGCUGUCACCAUCGAUUAUUCGAUUUCUCGACGCUGGCUUGCUCAAUUGUCGCACGUUCCGUUGCAAAACAUAUUUCCUUUUAUCAUCUUUGGGAUUUUAGUUCUGUGUUGGUAA